UCGACAGCUGGAUCAUUCAUUCACGUUGCAGAACGAACAAAAAGACUCUCACAAAUCGUGGCUGAAAUGGACAGAUGAAGACAGUUUCAUGUUCAGUCAUUUUACGAUAUUACUCACUCAGAAUACUGAGAUAUGGAGUACAUUUAUGACUGGGAGGAACAAGAUCGAUUCUCGUUUGAAGACAGUGAUCGUUUCGAAGAAGACUCACUUUGCUCGUGGGUGAGUGAAGCGGAGAGCGUUAGUAACAACAACUGGCGAGGAUGGAGAAAAGGUGGCACGACGGGAGGCGGAGGGUCUACCCAAUCCAGCCAUUCUAAUGAAGUUAUUCAAUUGGUAGAGUUAGCUGCUAAGACCGUAGCCCUCCAUUUUCCAUUUGAGGUUGUGGAGCGAAUGUACCCUCCUGUACCGGAGAAUCUUCAGCUGAGAAUCGCUUUCUGGAGUUUCCCUGAGAACGAAGAAGACGUCAGAUUGUAUUCGUGUCUGGCCAAUGGCAGCCCCGAUGAAUACCAGAAGGGGGAGCACAUGGUCAAGAGUAAAGCCGUCAAGGAUGCUCUUCAAAUAGGAUUCCAUCUGAGCGGGACAGUCGUGCCCUCCCAGGGAAUGACACAGCAGGGUACCUUCAACGUCGCAAUCACCUUUGAUCGUCGCCGUAUCUCCUCUUGCUCUUGUACGUGCUCCUCGGCGAGUAAGUGGUGCAGUCAUGUCGUUGCGCUGUGUCUGUAUCGCAUCAUCCAUUCCACCCAGGUCUGCUUGAGGGCGCCGGUCUCCGAGUCGCUGUCGCGUCUCCAUCGAGAUCAAUUGCAGAAGUUCUCGCAGUAUUUGAUCAGUGAAUUGCCUCGUCAGAUCCUACCGACAGCCCAACGCCUCUUGGAUGAGUUGCUCUCCUCUCAAGCCAACACCAUCAACAUGGUAUGUGGAGCCCCCGACCCUACAGCCGGACCCUCGGCCUCUGAGCAGACGAGAUGGUUUCUGGAUGAUGCCGUCAUGCAUGAGAACAUUAAGAAGACUCUGAUACGCUUCACAGGACCAACCCCCAUCGUUUUUAGUGACGUGACAUCGUUGUACCUUUCGUCGAGUGCACCUCAGGCAGCAGCGGAGUGGACCAAUCUUCUGAGGCCGCUGAGGGGGAGAGAACCCGAGGGCAUCUGGAACCUUCUGUCCAUCGUCCGAGAGAUGUGCCGCAGGAGGGACAGUAACGCUGUCAAUCUGCUCAAAAUCAUGACGGAGGAGUGUAUCUUGUGCGACCAGAUCGUCAUUUGGUGGUUCAGCACUGGAACGUCCGCCCUUCAUUCUCACCACGGUAACCACGGUCACCGUGCCAACAGUAACAGCACCACUGCAGUUGCGCAGCACGCCUGUGCUAGCAUGUGUGAUGAGAUUGUGUUUCUAUGGCGUCUCGUAGCCCUCAAUCCGGCGAUCACCCCGCCCGAAAGAGGAGAACUUCAGGACGAGCUUCGCAAAUGGCAUCUUCAGGUCAUCGACAAAGUGCGGAAGGGCAGAGGACCAAAUUUCGCCAACACCGUCGGCAAUGUGACAAAUGUUCGUCGUGUCGACAUUGAGGUUUUCACCGGUUUCAAACCAGCGAUUGGAGCUUGCCUCAUGGACUGGAAAGAUUACCAAAUCGAAGGGGUCACUUACACUGACCCAAAGGCCAACCGGGACGAGGCCAUGAAAUACAGAGCCAGUAAAAGGACUCCCCCGCACACCCAACAGAAUAAGCCCUCCCAAUCGGGUCCACCAAUCACGACGGAGGAAGCGGCCUGUCCCACUGUGGCAGAGGUAGAUUCCAAAUCAUCCAGGGAGCCGCAGAAGGGUUCCAGCAAUGAACUACACAGGUUAAGUUCCUCUGAAUCCAUCGUCAGUAGCAGUAGUUCGGGAGUAGACGACCAACGUGUGCUGAGCUCCAGCCGAUCAGAAGAUACAGACUCUGAUUUCCAGGCUAUCGACUGCACCUGUCCUAAGGAGAUCGGUGCUGAAGGAGGGGCAACAAGGACUAGCAAACUUUGUGCCGUGCACCACCCCAGUGCGCACCUAGAAACCCAAAGUAGAGACGCCAAACCAGGCGGGAAACGCAAAGUCAAAGUAAAACACUUACAGCACAAUGAGUCUGUUGACUCGGCAGAGGUUAGUCUGGAGACCCCACCGAAGGGUCAGCUGCCAGACUCGGACUCCUCGCUCGAAGCUGGUUCCCAUGGCAACCAGCAGGUUAAGGGUGACGUUGACGAGGCUCGGCAUUCCGGGGAUGAGUACCAGGUGUAUUUCUACGACACCAAGGCGAAACUGUCAGAACAGACGCCCAAAAAGAAGAGUGAUGCUCCCAACCCGUUUUCUAGGAUUAAACGGAUGGAAGACAAGAUUGAGAUCAUGUUUUCCCGAGCGGAAGCUCUACAUGCCCACGGUUACACGAGGAAUGCUUGUAAGCUGGCAAUAGAGCUCGCUGAAGAGAUGCUGGACAACCCUCCUGAGCUGAAUAACCCUCCUCCCAGUAACCUCUCCAACAGGGCGCGUAAGAAGCAUGUACAUCUACAGAGCACGUUAGCUACGAUGACGCUAGCGAAAGCUUCAUUCCUCUGCAGCGUCCUAUCGGAGCAGCCUGACUGUCACCAUCUAGCAUUCAAAAUAGGAAUGUUCGGACUGGAGUUGCCUAGGCAACCAGCAUCAACAAAGGCUCUGGAGGUGAAACUAGCCAAUCAGGAGUCUGAAUUAGUGGGUCAAUUGAAACGUCUGCCGUUGACGUUAACAGAGUUAACGACGAUACGACAGUUAGCGCAACAUUUGCACGAGGGCACACUUGUGCUGAGGAGCGCAGCAUUAUUGGCUAGCUUCAUCUUUGACGCACUGUCAUUGCCAGGUCAGACCUCCUCCCUUAGUCGUUCCCACAAUCGUUGUGUCUCGUCACGAGACCGUCUCCCUACCGAUGAGACGUGCGGAUUUGACGCAGCCGUGGCAGCCCUGGCGGUUAAGAUCAACGUCUCUGAGUCGGAGCAUCCUCUGCUGUGUGAAGGGAUUCGGAGACAGAAAGGGGAGCUGAGCACGACGCUACUGGUGCAUUAUAAAGACGAUCAGAGCAAACUCAGGAAGAUUCUAGAUGCGCUUCUUGACAAGCAAGGUCCUCGGACACAGCGAUCCUCCCAGCCCGUCCCUACACCUUCCCCACGCCCCUCUCAACACGAUGGUAGUCAUAGGAACGCAUCAUCAUCAAUGGUCGAGGAAGACAACUCCAAUCGGAGAUCUCAUCAGAGUAGAAGCCCUCAAGAUGAAGGGUCGGGGGAAAGAGCACCUGAAGUGUCUCAUCACGGUCCUGAAGCAGCAACUUGUAAUGUCAACCCCGACCCGAACGCCCCUCCGCCUCCUCGUAACUCCGCCCCUUCCCAAGACACCCCAAGUAUAGCGAGCUGUAUUCAACACUUGAACUCUCGUAAGUCGCUCUCACCGGACCGAUCGAACGCUCCGGCGGCGGCGUCGUCGCGUGUGAUGUCCUCCCCGUCUCAACCCCCGAGGCCGCCCUCUGAUGUCGUCGCUACUGGCUGGAACGAAGACCCGGCAGCAUGCUCUGGAAUGAUCUCAGUGGGGCCGGAUAUCGACCAGUGGAGGCAGGCUCAGACCAGGGCCAGUGGGAGUGGUAGUGGGCGGAGUAGUAGCUAUAUGUACUGGGGGAGGAUAUUCGGCAAGAAUCAGAAACGAAGCAAAGGUAUGGCAGCGAUUGAUAGUAGCGCACCAGAGACCACAUCUAGUGAUAACUCCCCCACUAUGGGGCGCCGUGUGCCCCUAGGGGGGUGGGGGAGAUACCAUGGUCCCGGUAGCGACAGUGGGAGUAGCGGUAACUCUAGUGAUUCUAUCAGCUCUAGUAGUUCAGCAGAGAGGGGGUCUGGGGCCAGACCAAAGAUCAGAGAUGCUGAAGGUCCGGUGCCAGCAUCGCCUUGGUUACCCCCGGGUCCUUCUUCAACUUCUGAUACUCAAGGAGCUGAUUCCAGAAGUUCAACACCUAACUCUAAAGGAGUCAGGAAGGGAGGUAAGAAAGGCGGUCGGAGCGACAUCUCGCCCUCUAUUCCCAACCAGCCCAGCGAGGCUUCGGCACAUUUCUUCUUCGAGCUCGCACGCACCGUCCUCACCAAAGCCGGCGGAUCUAGCAGCACGUCGUUAUUUACCCAACCCGCCGCCAAUACCAACCAUACCGGUCCCCACCGUGGACUGCAUCUAUGCGCAUUUGAGAUCGGAUUGUAUGCGUUGUGGUUGCAUAACGCUGUGACGCCCAACUGGCUAUCGAGGACCUAUUCAUCGCAUGUCUCGUGGAUCACAGGUCAAGCGAUGGAGAUCGGCAGUGCAGCCAUCGGCAUGUUGGUAGACACUUGGGAGGGGCACCUGACCCCCACCGAGGCCGCCUCAUUGGCUGAUAAAGCAUCCCGGGGGUUAGAUCCUAACAUGGUUGGAGCGGCUGCCGAGUUAGCUCUGUCCUGUUUGAGACACGCUCAUGCAUUGAACCCCACGGAGGUCAACAGGGCACUGACUCAGUGUAAGGAGCAAGACUACCACAUGUUAGCCAACGCUUGUCUAGCCGUUGAAAGUGCGGCCAAAGGCGGUGAUGUCUACCCAGAUGUCCUUUUCAAUGUUGCCCGGCAGUGGGAGUGGCUUCACGACAACAUGUGGGGGGCAGCGAAUAACACUCGUAGGACUCGGCCAAGCGAGGGCGCCGACGCGCAUCCGCCAGCAGGACGGAAUGGCUCGCCAACCACCGAGAGCAGUCAGAUCGUUCCGUACUCCGUCGCCGUAACGGUCGCUCCAAACGCGGCGAUGGUGAGCCCUAUGUUGUUACCGUACGGAGUGGCAAGAGUUCCGCAGGCCGUGCCGUUAGUGUACCACCCCGGCUGUCCGGAAUAUGUUCAAGUCGAUCCGUCGUAUCUCCCUAGAGGUGUUCAAGCCUCAUUCCCAGUAUACCCUGCUCCCCCUCGUGGAAACAAUGGACUCCAGGGCCGGCAUCCCCAAGCAGGCCAUCGGCAGUUACCGCCGAACUCCCAUAACAUCCAUUGGAAUGCUGUCCAUCAGUGUCCCCCCUAUUACUCAACAUGUCCCUACUCGUCAGCGAAUCCCCCACCCCAAGGGGUCCCCCUUCCUAUCCCGAAUCAAUUCCCACCCCAGGCACCCCCGGGUGGUCAGCCAGGUGUACCCAUCCGUGGACCCCACGGAGUAUACCCACUCCCAUCCAUGCAUCCCAGACAACCACCGUCAUCUCAACCAAGCCCUCCGCAACAGAACCCCCCUCUACAGCAAGUGGUUGGCCCCAUGGGCCCACAUCCACACACAGGACUGUUCUACUUAGAUGCAGCGUACAGGGUAGGAAUGCUUGCUAUUGAUACAUUAGCGAGGAGGGUGCACGAUGAGAGGACGCAGUCUAGAUUCUCACCGAAUCCGCCGUAUGGGGAAGACAUCAAAUGGUUGUUGGAGAUUUCCAAAAGGCUCGGUUCAAGCUAUCUGCAGCAGUUCUGCGCUUGCGUCCUCAACGUGGUGGUCAGUCCGUUCGUCCUUCACACCAUAGCCUGGGAGUCAGCCCAUUACCUAGCCUCCAACAAUCACACCCCGAUCCAGGCUAACCUACGCUCGUUAGUACUCAGUCCCAUAGUGCAGAAAUGCGUUCAGAUGUACAUCCAGUGCAUCCAUCAGCGGAUGUACCACGUGACCCAGCCAGAGUAUGACGAUUUCAUCAACGUCGUCCAGAGCGCGCAGAAGGCGUUUGUGAUGGCUCCCGGCGGCAUGGCGCAGUUCAACGACUUCUUGCAGUCGUUGCGGCGGCUUAGCCCCUUAAAGCGGGAACUAUGGACGCGACUCGCUAGUACUCUGUCACCGGGAAAUGUAUUUGAGCACUCGUCUAGUAGCCACUGAUAACCAAGGUAACGCUUUUUGCGAAAAUUAUAAAGUAGUUAUAAUGAAAACAAAACGACAGUCGGAAAUAAAAUGAAGGAUAUUUUAGGAAAAAAGAAACAAAGAGAUGAUUUUCUUGACAAAUGUUGACUUUUUUAAAACGAUAAAAUUUAAUUGUAAAAAAAAGGACCUUGUUUCAGUCAUUCCAGUGAUAUUUGAAUUGUCCGAGAGAAAUCGUGCAAGCUUUUAUCUUUCUGUUAAAACAGGUUUCCCUCUUCAACUUUUGUCAUGCCAUAGCUCGAAGAAGUGAAGUUGCGAUUAUCGUUUCCGUAAGCUCACUCUUCGCUGUCAUUUUAUGGAGACUGUAUAAUGAUGUACUUACCAUAAAUCAUGUACAAUACCAGUGUGUGCAGAACAUAAAUUGUAUUUGUGUAAUGUAGAGUUAUUAUAAAAUAUAGUUUUUUGUUUGUUUUAAGUUUCAGUCAUAAUUACCGAAUUUUUGUUUUGACAUAGAUCUGGAUGAGUUAGCUUCAGUGUGUGAUGUUCUUUAGUGGGUUUUACAGUCAAGCAGUUCAAAGUCUUAGAUUUGGUCAGUUCGAAUCCCAAGUCGUAAACCUUUCACACUUUCACAAAAUCCAUAAAUUGCUUAUCGAAAUCAGGGAAACGUUGACGUUAAUGUUUAAACAAAAAACACAAAAUUAUAAAAGUUAAAAAAAAAAAAAAAAAAGUUUUCAAGUGCAACGUGUGUGAGUAGACUUAAUAUAGGCAAACUUAUUAGAUUUGUAGAUGACUGGGGCCAAUUUCAUAGAGCUGCUUAAGCAAAAAAUUUGCUUAAGCACGAAAAUUGCUCGCUUAUUU